AAGUCUCACAUCCAAUCACGAGCGAGCUAGUAUCUGACACCACAGCAGUUUCACUUCCUGGAACAGGGAGGAGCUGUAACUUAUCGUCGUGGAUAUACACACAAAUCACGGCGCUUUGGUCUGAUUAAUCCUCGUCAUUGCUGACCAGCAUGAUUGACGUUCGGGCAUGGGCAGAGUAUGUGGUGGAGUGGGCUGCCAAAGACCCCUAUGGAUUCCUCACCACUGUCAUACUGGCUCUCACACCUCUUUUCAUUGCCAGUGCACUGCUGUCCUGGAAACUGGCCAAGAUGAUUGAGGCACGUGACCGGGAACAGAAGAAAAAGCAAAAACGUCAGGAAAACAUAGCCAAGGCAAAGAGGACCAAGAAAGACUGAGACUGUGAGGGUAGGAUGGGGGCAUUAAAAAAAGGAGGCGCAACCACCACGCUCAUAGCCCUCCUUAUUCCAAAUAAUGACACGAUGCCCUUUCUUGUCCCAGCCCUACUGUCAGCACAGGGCCACCACACCUCAUACCCGGGGUAGGAAGAGGGACACUGGCCCCACAGGCCUAACAGUGCUGAGACGGACAGUACUGCCCGGAGGAGGCACGUCCCAGUGGGACUUUGGUCAGCAAGAGCACAGUGGUCAUCUGUAUGAUGUUGUUGUACAGAGAUCUGCUGAUAAUAUUGUGCAGCUGUUGCAACACCUUGCAUUCCAUUGUUAGCAUCCCUGUUCUGCUGAAUUGAUGAUGUAAUGAGCAUACUGGAACUUUUUCUCCAAGUCACUUGCAAAAUAUCCAAAUUAUUACUUUCUAAUCAAUAAAGUUUUCAUGGUUGAUAAGAAAACAUAA